CGUUUUUUUUUAAUUUGAAACGUACUGUCUAAGGAAACGUCAUGAGUUUUCGUUAAGGAUUUUUCGAUAUUUCUGGUGAUUUAAGAACCCACAGAUAACACCAGAAAUGGAAUGGAAGAAGAAACUUGAAGUUCUGUGGGAGGUCACAUUGCGCUUGCCUCCGAUAUUUGUCAUGGACUGCAUUUUGAAUAAGUCGUUUCUUCCAGGAUUUACUCUGUUUCAGUAUCAACCAUCAAUGUCAUGGCUUGAAUACAUUUUGUGGAUAUUCAUUAUGACAUUCGUGUUUGCCCUUGCUGUGGUGGUAUUCCUGCUUUCCACAAGCCAAAUACAGGACAUCUACAGUUUUACGGCAAUGGUCACCUUUCUAAUGAUGUCAUACACAUGGAACAAGGGCAUCCCCACACUGGCUGAGAACCAGAGCUCCACCCACCACAGUCAUGACUUUUAUGAUUUAACGCAGAAUGCAGUUACACAACUCUUCUUAGCUUACAGUUUCAGUUAUAUAUGGAUGUUGAGACAAAGGACUUUACCAAGGACAGAAAUUAAGGCCAUUAUUUCACUAGGAAUGAUGACAUCCUUUAUGUUUCCCGCCAUAGUAUAUUUAGUGUGUCCGAACAGUGAGUAUUUAUCAUGGGUGCCUGUGAUAUCAAUGGUUGGUCCAACUUUUGCUAUUGCCAUAGAAGUAUUUGGGUCUGUCCGAGCAUUUGUCUGGACUUUCAGACAGGCCUAUAAUGUGAUCAAAAUAACUCUCAGUGCUAUUGGAAUUCAAGGAUUUGUCGAACAUCACUGGAUUCGACUCCAAGUACCCAAAGUGCUUCGAGUUUUCUGGAUAACGAGACUUUUCUAUCAGCUCACUUUACUGUGUGUUGAAGAUUAUAGCCAGAGAGAUGAGAGCCAGCAUUUACUGUACUCCCUAGAUUAUUAUUCUAUCGUUAUUCGAUUAUUUACCCAAAGCUGUGAAAAUUACAUUGCCAUGCUGGGCAUGACAAGUGUGGUAUCCUAUUUUGCCCAUCACGUGGGCGUAUUCCUGGCCUUCUGUGUAGGAUCAGACUCUGAAGAGGACAGAAACAUGGGCACUGUGUCUGCCAUUUUAUUCUUCAUUCUGGGCCUCCAGACAGGGCUGACAGGACUUCGCCCGGAGGUGAGACUGGCUAGACUCUGCAAGAACUUCUGUCUCCUCCUUACAGCUAUCUCUCAUUUCAUACAUAGCAUGAUUCACCCCAUCUUGAUGUCACUGAGUGCCUCACAGAGCAGCAAUGGUCGACACCUGCGUGUGCUGUCCAUGUGUGUGUUCUUGCUUACCUUUCCCACCUGUUUACUUAUGUAUUUAUGGAGCAAUUACAGCAUCAGCACCUGGUUGUUAUCUGUCACUGCAUUCAGUGUGGAAGUCAUGUUCAAAGUGAUUAUAUCUCUGACUGUGUACGCCUUAUUUUUGUUUGAUGCCUACAGAAACACUUUCUGGGAAGGACUGGAUGACUAUGUGUAUUAUAUUCAAUCCACUGGAAAUACAAUAGAAUUUUUAUUUGGUAUAUUUCUGUUUUGUAAUGGAGCCUGGAUAAUGGUGUUUGAAUCAGGAGGAGCCAUUCGUGCUUUUAUGAUGUGUAUUCAUGCAUAUUGUAACAUAUGGGUGCAAGCUAAGAAUGGAUGGCAAGUUUUUACCAAGCGGCGAACUGCGGUCAAUAAGAUAAAUUCUUUACCUCAGGCUUCUAAAUCAGAAUUGGAGUCACUCAAUGAUGUUUGUGCUAUUUGUUACCAUGAAUUAAACAAUGCUAGAAUUACUAGGUGCCAACACUACUUCCAUGGUGUGUGCUUAAGGAAGUGGCUGUAUGUUCAGGAUAACUGCCCGCUGUGCCACAAACUUAUUUAUGCCCCUGAAAAUGUCACAACAAACGCUCAAGAAAAUAAUAAUCAAGAUGAAUAUGAGGAAGAUAUAAAUCCUGGGGCCAUGGCACCAAUCCAUGGUGAAAUGGCUGCAGGACAACCACAGUUUAACCCAGUGAUUGAAAGACAAGAAGUUGGUAGAAGAUUAAACAAUGGAACCUUCCAGCCCGCUAACACACUAAGAGUUCAUCAAGAUUAGUUUAUCAAAUUUAUAUAAAAAUCAAUUAUUUAUUCCACGUGUACUAGUCUCCUCUUCAUGCAUGGCCAGAAACCCACAGCAAAUUCGCUUUCUGCCUAUUGGCCAACUCUCUGAUUUUUUUUAAUUGUUUCAUGAAUAUUUUCUCCCUGAUUUGACUGGAUCCUUCAAACUGUCAAGUUUUGAGUCUUUUUUUUUAAACAUAACCAUGUUUAUACUGUUUAGAUAAACAUAUAUUUAUACAUAUCGAUUGUUGUGCAAAAUAUUUUUGAAUAAUUAUAAGUGUAUGUUACACUUAUUUGAUGUUAUUUCUUUUAAACAUGCUUAUAAAUGUUAUAUAAAAUUGUAUGAUAAAACCUCAAAAAAUAAUAUAACAGACAUUUAUUUAUUUUUGAUUUUAUUGAAAAAUUUGCAAAGUGGAAUAAUUCAAGUUUCAUACUUACACUUCCAAAAGUUAAAAGAUUGAGUCAUUUCACUUUUGAUUAGAAUUUCAAUGUGGAUGCAGCAGUGCCUGAGAAUCAAAACAUUUAUUUUUGUUUGCCUUAAUAAAUAACUACAUGUAUUUUUUGUUAUAGAUAAUUAUCUAAUACUAAAAGUAUUAUAUGUAAUACUUUUUUACGAAUGGUCACUGAAACUACCUAAGUAUUUUUCACUUUUCAAGAUCAAUGUUAACUUUACAAAUGCCUAAAUUUCAAUAGCCUAACAGAUCACUUAUUUUCCUCAUGUUUUGUAGUUUACACAUUUUUGUUUUAUGGUUGAUAAUAAUCAACACACUCUUAAAUGUCAGACGUGGCCUAUCUUCCAUUAUUUGCUAUUUUUUUCCUAUCUCAGCUCUGUGAAGAUUUUUUCCACUACAUAAUUUCAAAAAUAUAUUUUCAUAUUGUAUGACAUUUUUCUAUUUGAAAAAUAUAGUUUCAGUUGAAAAUAUUGACUAUGAUUUUAUUAAACAGCAUUCAAUUUCAUUUUGUAUGCAAUUAAAAGAAAAAUUCAAAAUAUUCUAACUCCAAAAUUAGUCUGAUAACGAACCCUGAAUUUUUGGGCAUUAAGAUGUUUAAAUGCAAAUGAAGAAAUAAUCUAUGAAGGAAAAUUACUUAGUAUAUAACUUAGGAACGUCGCGCAUGUCCUUAAUUGUUGCUGGAUCAUUAUCUGCAUGGUACUGUAUCAGAGCCUUAUGAUGGUCAAAUUCCAUAAAAUUUAUAAGCUAAUUUGAGGACACUGUCCCACAAAUUGUAAAUGACAGCAGAAAUGUUAGCUAUAUGAUAAGACAAGAUGUGUUAUUUAUAUGGGUUUUUUUUAAUGAAUAUCUAUUAGAUAUGUUAAGUGAUUUUGCUUUCAUGCAAUAUCAACUGUUGUUUUGGAGUUUUCAAAACGAAGGAAUUUCAAUGAAAUUUUCUUGAUAUACAAUGUUCAAUAUAAAGUGUUAAGUCAGUUUUUCACAAAAAGCAUCAAUUUGAAAGAUUUUGAAUAUAAAAACACAUUUUAAAAAUAUUCAGUUCAAAGUAACUAAAGGAAAUUUCCAUCUUGUGUCUUUGAUACAGUGUACCAUGGCCCCUAGCUACCAGUAGUUGGUCCAUUGCUGCUUUUUUCACCUUUGUGUAUCCUUGUUUGUAAAUUAAAGAAAAUCUUUUAUUAAUUGGGGUUUAGAAUCAAUAUUUAAACUUGCUUAUUUUCAAUAAGGCAAGUUAAUAUGACAGUGUAAAAUUAGGCGAUUUUGAGUGAAAAUUUUAUACAAGUAUACAAGAUUUCAAUUUUGGUGACCUUACGGUAAUUUGGUAACAACUGCCAAUAUAUUUCAAUAAGUAAGUUUCCAAAAUAUUAUUCUGUUGUGUUAAAGUUAUCAAAAAACAUUUCACAAAUUGCAAUAAAGUCCUUUAUGAUAAUGGAAAAACAUAUAAAUAUAUAUUUAUAUAAUUAUAUAUAGUGAAAAUGUUUUGUGUACCUAUGUCACAAAAUAUAAAGGAAACAUUUAUUACAUGUAUAUCCUGUAUUAUGGGGAAUGAUUUUUUUACUGAAUUAUUUUGUCUCAAUCAAUCAGUUCCAACCCUUCUGUAGGAUGGGUUUUGGAUACAUGGAUUUUUCAAACUAUGCAUGAACACAUACCUUAUUACUAUUUUCACAACAUUACUUCAUCUUUUAAGAUAUUAUAAUAGUACGUGUAUUACAUAAUACCAAAAUGAUUUUAUGCAAGUUGACAAUGCAUGAUCUGAGUCAUAGUAAUUUAGCUUCCGAUCAUUUGAACUUGGUUUCCAUCUUGUAGCCCACCGAUGCUAUAUUUCUAGUGAUAUUGAAUGGAAGGGCUCAACAUUUCAAUGAUUAAUUUUUAUAUCUAUUCAUAUGUGAGUGUCUUGUAAUAUGUGCAUUAAUAGGUGAAUAACCUUCUAUACUGUUGUUUGUACAAUAACAAUUUUGCUGGGUGGUUGUCGAUGAUUAUACGAUGUGUAUAUAUGUCCCUCAAUAGUUUUAUUUGAUCAACUACUAGUUUUCAAAUCAUCAUUUUCCUUUUUCAAAUUCGAUGUUAUUAUAUGUAGCUGAGCGAUAUUUUGAUGGCAUUUGUACACUGAAUAGGGAAAAAAAUUGAGUGAUUUUUGUUCAUUACAUAAAACGUUGCAUAUUUACAUUUGAUUUUAGUGUUACUGUAGAGGAAAUAAGAUAAUCAGUGUAAAAUGUAAAAUAUGAUGAAUUACUUCUUAUGGUCAGAAUCCGAUAAUACACCUUUAUUAAGCAUUGCUAGCAGUUUUUUUGUUUGCUGUAAAAAUAUGUUUAUUUUAUUUAUGUUUUCUGAUUACCAGAGAAAACAGACAGCUAGAGGUAGAACAACAGUUCUAUUUUAUGUAUUUUUACAUGUAUAUUGUUUGAGGUUAGCAUGGUUGCUUUCUGAAAGAAAAUCGAUUGCUUUGACAUUGUUACAUUACAGAAAAUAAACCUUAAAACAAGGGA